GUAAGUAAGCACAGCUAACCGGUCGCCCCAGAUGCAAGUUUAACAACUUGAAUCAAGCUUUUUCUCUCUUAAAAAAAAGGGAAAGAAAAUGUAAAUGGGUGGAAAAUAAGAUGGAACUCACAACAGUCUCAAGUAAACACCUUCUUGUUGACAAAGUUAACCUGAUUUACCUGUUCCAGGUUAAUGCUUCAUGAAGGGUUCUGUCAACCCGUGGUUAAAGGAUACAACCUAGGAGAUUGUCUCUUGUUUGAACGUAUGCUUUGCAGCAAGUGCCUUUGCCUGAGAUGAUAUUUCAAAUCUGGCGCAAUGUCGGUGAUGGUCGUCGACCCUGGUCCUACAGAACAAUUCCUUCAGCAAAAUGGUUCUUGAAGCUUAUCAAAGAGGUUCUAAAAUAUUGUCUUAAAUAUGUUUAACAGUAACAGCACUCAAAAGCUUUAAACAGCCAAACAUAGACAUUGAAAAUGUGCUUUUUGAAAAUGCAAAAAGCUGCUGUGUUCCUAUUUUACAUUCUGCUGAUCAGAUUUCUCCUACAUUCACAAGCCUCUCUAACAGAUUGUACACCAAGAAAAACUGUGAAUUUUGAAGAUGCAAAUUUGAGAACAUUUGCUGAACAAGGGAUCUCCAAUUAUUCAACGUUGCUGCUCAGUGAGGAGCACAAUCUGUUGUUUGUAGGAGCUAGAGAUGCAAUCUUCGCACUCAACAUUGACAAUGUUUCAGAGAGCAUUUCACAAGCGAUGUGGGCUGUUCCUGAACACAAGCAGAAUGAAUGCAUGUACAAAGGAAAGUCGAGAGAGAAAGACUGCCGCAACUACAUACGCACUCUCCACCGGUUAACUGAAACCAGAAUGUAUGUUUGUGGAACAAAUGCAUUUCAGCCAACGUGUGAUUACAUGGUCAUUGACAAUGGCAAAAUUGAGCUCGAAAACAAGUCUGAAGAGAGUAAAGGAAAGUGUCCUUUUGACCCUACUCAGAGAUAUGCCUCUGUUAUGGUCGAUGGAGAAUUUUACUCUGCAACAGCCAAUAACUUCCUUGGCUCUGAACCCAUUCUACUGCGCAGCCUGCAAAACAGCCUGAGAUCAGAGUACAAGACUUCCUGGCUAAAUGAGCCUAAUUUUGUUCAUUUGGAUGUGGUGCGAGAAAGUGAAGAUACUGCUGUUGGAGAUGAUGAUAAGAUCUACCUUUUCUUCAGUGAAACUGCUGUUGAGUUUGAAUUCUACAACAAGCUAGUGGUUUCGAGAAUUGCUCGAGUAUGUAAGGGUGACCGAGGUGGCCAGCGGACUCUCCAGAGGAAGUGGACCACCUUCUUGAAAGCCAGCCUAAUGUGCUCUUCUCCAGAUUUAAAAUUUCCAUUUAACAUCAUUCAAGAUGUUUUUAUACUGAGGACAUCAAACUGGAGGAACAAUAUUUUCUAUGCAGUUUUUAUUCCACAGUGGGGAAAACAGGACAUUUCUGCAGUUUGUGCCUUUAGUAUGGCAAAAAUUCAGGAAGUGUUCAAUGAAGGGAAAUACAAAUCAUCUGUGACAGUAGAACAGUCUCGACUCAAAUGGGUGAUGUACAGUGGAACAGUCCCCAAUCCUCGCCCAGGAUCUUGCAUCAACAGUAAUAUCCGUAGGAAUGGAUUCAAGACUUCUCUAGAACUGCCAGACAGAACACUCCAGUUUGUAAAGGAUCAUCCUUUGAUGGAUGAUGUAGUAACUCCCAUCAACAAUCAACCAAAGUUAAUUAAAGAGGGAACAAAGUACAUCCAGAUUGCUGUAGACAGAGUUGUUGCUGUCAAUCAGAAAGAAUAUGAUGUAAUUUUUCUGGGAACAGAUGGUGGAUACUUGCAUAAGGCCCUCAGCUUGAAGACAGAAAUGUUUAUUAUUGAGCAGGUACAGAUGUUUAUUCCUGCAGAACCAGUGCAAAACCUACAGCUUUCUUCACAAAGGGGUCAGUUAUAUGUUGGAUCCCCAUCACAGGUAGUGCAAGUGCCUGUUGCCGUUUGCACUCGGUAUAUUAAUUGUUGGGACUGUGUGCUAGCCAGAGACCCUUACUGUGCGUGGGACAAAACCACAAGCCAGUGUGUUGACAUUUCAAACAAAAAUAUUGAUUUGCUGAACUUAGUUCAGAAUAUAGAGAAUGGAGAUCCUUCAGCAUGCCCCAGCUAUGGAAACUUGAAAACAAAAAUCCAAAUGAUCAUUCCUGGAAACAACCUGGUGUUGGAUUGCACUUCUGCAUCUAACUUGGCUCACAUGCAAUGGUUACUAAACGGAAGAGUGAUUCCAGCAGCAGGUUCAAAAUACCUCUACUUCAGUAAUGGGCUGUUAAUAUUUAAUGUUUCUGUCACAGACGUAGGAUGGUAUGACUGCCAGUCUGUUGAAACUGUGGCUGGGAAACCAUUUGCGCAAGUCACAGCAAGAUACCGCCUCCAUUCUGUUCAUGGACCUCACAUAGGUCAACAGUCAAUUCCAACUAAGGCACUUCCUGAUUCUAAAUCUGCAACUUCCAUUGCGCCAAUCUCACCAGGCAAUACUGUUCGCAUAGGUAACUUGCCUAUGACACAGAGUUACCUUCAAACUGAAUUUACAUUAAAGGGUUUCCUCGUUCUCUUUGUCAUGAUGUUCAUACUUCUCCUAGCAUGGAAUAUUUAUAAAGGACAUGUGCCAAUGCCUUUGCGUCCGUCAAGAAAUGGAAAUACAAGAAGAACGCCAUCAACCCUUCUGAACAAUUCAGUGCAGCAAUUGGAGGAGAAACCACCAUCACCUAAGGCCCCUCAAUUACAAGGCAUGCACAGCAGUGUUGAUCUCCCACUUACCUGCAUUUCCAGUGAAAGUUCAGUUGAGAAGAACGGCAACAAUAACUCUGUACUACUAGAGAAUGCUAACUCCAGCAGUUCUAGGCCAUUGUUUAUUCUUGAUGAAUUAGAAUAUAUUGAUGCUGAUCAGACUGAAUCAAAAGCAUGAACCUAAGGAAAGGACACUGAUGCUUAGGGAAAUCCUCAUGGUAUGAAAUGCCAUGUGAGAACAGUCAGGUAAUGCCGUAGGACCUUUCCCCUCUCCUACCCUUUACCUUGCCCUUGGCAACCUCACACAGAUUCUUCUGAAAGGAACUGUUUUUUCUGGACUAAUAUUAAUGUUGGAGAACAAGGUAUACAUUCAGUAACAGGCCAUAGACUAUCAGAAAUUCUAUGAAAGGGUAUGGUAAUCUAUUUUAUGUAUAUUUUUCCCCAAGAAGAGAGUGAAUGUUCUUUAUGUCCUUUUUAUAUUAAAAAAAACCCUAAAGUUAAAA